AUGAACCGCGCCGUGCUUGCCCGACAGUUCUCUACGACCGCAGCCAGACACUAUGCCUCCAAGGCCGGCUACGAGGAGACGGCCAAGCAGCAAUGGCGCAGCUACAAUAACUGGCGCAAGCACUUUACAUGGAAGCGGUCCACGAUCCGCGAGUUCUUCCGCGACUACACACUCUGGUCAGCACUGGCCCUGGUUGCAUACGUUCGGCUGACGCAAAAGCAGGAAUUCGAUGCGUACACGGCUGACGCCUACGUCAAAAUCGACGAUUUGCAGGACAAGAUCAAGGAGCUGAAGCCAGCCGAACCAGAGCCGGUCGCACCAGCUACCAGCAAGCCAGAGCCCACCAGCCAGCAGGGUCCUAGUAGCUCUGGCGGCAUGUUCUUUUAA